GUGUUUGAAUAUUAAUGAGCUGCUGAUGAGUAUAAAGGCGGAAAUUUCACCACUCACCAUCGCAGUCUCAUCCCGUCCUUCGAAACAGUAUUUACAAGUAAAUCAUCAUGAAAUUCGCCCUCGUCUUGUUCUGCCUUGUGGCAUUUUGGUCGCUGACAGAAGCAGAAGAAAGCAUGAAGGAUUAUGUAUUAAACUUGGGUGCUCGUAUUUACUGUGGCCGCCAGUUAGCAAGGUCGAUGGCAAUCUUGUGCGAAAAGUUCCAGGUGGAAGGCGUGGGCAAGCGGUCCGAGGAAGCCAUGGAUGGUGCUCUGUACGGGCCUCGCGGCUGGCGAUGGGCGGACCUGGAAGCUGCGCGAGGCAAACGCGGCAUCAUCGAAGACUGCUGCGAACAGCCCUGCACCAUCAAUGUGCUGCUGUCAUACUGCUAAAUAUAAUAUAUUUAAGACCAGUUAAGUCAUUGU